AAAAAAAAAAAAUUUUCAUUUUUUUUUUUUUUUGUGAUUGUUGUUUGUUUGAUUGAAUUGGGGCCAAAUGGGAAUAAGUGUAAACAGCCACCAGUGAAAAAAAUGUGAGAGUUACAAAUUAGUGGAUGAUGAUUAAAUGGGGCGAAGGUUUUAUAUUAUUAUAAUAGUAAAUAAUUCCCCUUGAUACCAAACCAUGUCAUAAGUUUUUUUUAAUGUCUUUAAUAGUUUCAUCUAAUCGAUUAUACAAUAGAAUAGAAUCAAUAUUGGCUUUUCUAACAGGAUUUUUUUUUUAAGAUAUUCAUGCUAAAAAUACGCGCAGCCUGCACAAUCGUCAUUACCCCUUUCCCUUCAUUCCGCUUAAUAUUCCGCCCGAUAAACAUGUUAGUCAUAUUUGUAGGAGCUUUCUAUUAUUAUUUUGUCUCUUUUUUUUUUAUUCCACAUUCCACGCCCAUCAACUGUUGAUAUUUCACAAUUUCAUAAUCAAUCUAAUUAUUAUUAUUAUAUUUACAAUAGUUCCUGAAUUCAUAUUCUAAUUCUAUAUUUACAUAUGACACACAACAACAUUAAAUCCUUUUAAAGAUUAUAAAUUAUUUUAUUUU